GUCUUGUUGUUAGCGUUGAACUUCUACGAGUGUAACAUCACAAACAUCUUCUCUAAAUUUUAUGUCGACAGCACACUGGGCCAUUAGAGCUUUGUAGACCAUGUCUGCUGACUGCUUGGAUGUUGUGGUGGUGGGCUCCUGUAUGACUGACCUGGUCAGUCAAGCACCACGGCUGCCCAAAGCGGGGGAGACCAUACAUGGACACAAAUUCUUCAUAGGAUUUGGUGGCAAAGGAGCCAAUCAGUGCAUUCAGGCUGCACGCAUGGGAGCCAGAACCGCCAUGGUCUGUAAGGUUGGUAAAGACUUUUUUGGUGACAACUAUAUUCAGAACUUCAAAAACAACUGCGUCUCUACAGAAUUAGUGAAACAGACAGAUGAAGCUGCGACCGGCGCUGCCUCGAUCAUUGUGAAUGAUGCAGGUGAGAAUGCCAUCGUGAUCGUGGCUGGUGCCAACAUGCUACUAGGUGAUGAGGACCUGCAGCACGCAUGGCCAGUGCUAAGCCGUGCCAAAGUGCUCGUCUGCCAGCUGGAGAUCAGCCCGGACACCUCACUCCAGGCCCUGAGAAUGGCCCAACAGAGGCAUGUCAAAACAAUCUUCAACGCAGCACCUGCUAUUCCAGAUCUGAGUGCUGAUUUCUACAAAGCGUCUGACAUCUUCUGCUGCAAUGAAACUGAGGCUGAGCUGUUUACGGGAUCCGCCGUGUCGACAGUGGAGGACGCCGGGCGAGUGGGGUUGGAGCUUUUGAAACGAGGCUGCGGUUCAGUGAUUAUUACGCUGGGACCCCAAGGCUGCGUGGUGGUGCAGUCGGCAGACGCGACCCCUGUCCACGUCCCCACGAGCAAGGUGACACCUGUGGACACUACGGGUGCAGGGGACAGCUUCAUCGGAGCUCUGGCCUUCUACAUCGCCUGCUGUCCUGAACUGUCUUUGGUGGAGAUGGCUAAGAGAGCCAACCUAGUAGCUGCUAUAUCUGUGCAAUCAGUUGGGACACAAACAUCUUACCCACACAGAGGAGAUCUGCCAGCCGAACUCUUUUAGAAGACUCGCGUCAAGGUAUCUUGAUGAGUGUCAGCGUGUAUGCAGUGUCCUCAGAUUUGUAUAAGGACUGUAAAAAGCAUCUCAUUUCUGCAGCAACAAAUCCUCAUGCAGCAAACAGUAAGAUUAUUUAUCCUCGAUUAUUUAGGAUUGACCCCCCCACCCCCCAUCAUUAAUGCUGCGAAUUAUUUUUUCACACAAUUUUAAACAUAUUAAUCAUUUUCACAGGUCUCUAAAAGGGUAGGCUCACUUUUGACCUAUGGGCUUUUUAUAAUCCACUUGCUGGCAUUUGUUAGCACUGCAGACAGUUUUUCAAGAGUACAUUUGAGUCUGUAGUUUCCUGUUUUUAGCAAAAUGCUCGUUCUUUAUGACUACCUAAAACUACAUUCAUUCAGUUCAGUUCAUUUAUACAGUUUGAACUGAAUUACAAAAUUAACCACUUCUAAAAUUACAAAUGGGGAGCAAAAAGCCUGUGUCUUCAGUGUAUAAUUUAGUUGGUACUGUUCUCAUUCAUAUUGACAGGAUGAAAACCUGAACAUGAAACAAUAUCUAUUGCUAAACUAUUGGUAUUUGUAACAGCAUGUAUAAUGGCAUUUAAAUGUUUAGCCUGCAAUAGUUGCACAUCACUGUAUUGCUGAAUUUCAAAACGCAGUCAAAAAAUAUUAGUAAAUAAAGGUCUGCUGAAAUCAAGAUUUCUUGUUGACAACUGAAUAAUGGAGUAAUUUUCAAAGUGAGCCAUAUGUCAACAAGGGUAAACUUUCCUAUUAAAAUCCUUUGUGAAAUUCA